CCUUUGGCGAACAAGCGUUAAAUUAAACACAUCAACGCAAGGGCACUUAGACUGGCAACAUGCUCAGAGCUGCUGAGCCAACGACCGUCCCUUUCGACAGCAUUAGAAAUCAAGGGCUCUGUCAGCCAAUCAGAACUGGAGAGAAGCCCUUCCGUUCGCCGUUUUGGGAAACUUGCGAUGAACUUGUCCAGGCCCAGGGCAAUACACGCCAUAAAAAUCACGCGAGAGGUUUGGACUCUUCUGGAGCACUAACGAUAUGGAUCCAGUGGUGCAGCUCAGGCGUUCUUAUACGCAAGCACCCUAUGCUUCUCCGUUUUCUGGGUAAUCACUUGACACCUUUGCCAUCAUCGUUUCUUCUCCAUCAUACUCCGACAUGUGGCAGCAGCGCCAUCAGCCAGCCGGUGUUUCAAUCUGAAAUUCUGACACGACAUGGCCAACAUCAAAUACCGCCUCACAGCAACCUUGACCAAGUUUUACAGACUGAUGCCAGAGAAUUAAGUAUUUCCUAACUCACUACCCUCCCUCGACCACUUAUCUGUCGAAUUCUCCCUCCUACGCUUGAUUCCUAACCGAUCCGCCAUCACGAGACGCCAUCUCGUUCUUCAGGCUGCGAGGCAGGCGAGGUCCGGGGAUGGGCUCCCCGUCUCCCAUACCAAAACCACAAGUUCAAAACGCUCUGCUACCUCAAGUCUCUCAUGGUUUGCCUUGACUCCUUUCUACUACGGCAAAACGCUUAGUCACAACACCUGGCCGUCUUUGCUCUGCCGGCCUGCAUAGGGGACUGGCGCGAGUCGGAUCGG